AUCAAAUAGUCAAGCUUUUGAAGAGCCAAAUAGUAAAUAUCUAUUCUGAUUAAUCUAAAAUCAUUAUUAUUAUUAUUAUUAUUUGAUACACUUGUUUUUAUUUAUUUUUCAUAUUUAUAUUAAACUUUCAUUUGAAAUGUUGAAUCACCUAAUUUAGUUUGUAUAAAAUGUUUUAUUACUUAAUAUCUACAUAAUGUACUUAAUUUGUUUCAUAUGUUUGGCUAGUUACCUAAAAGGUGAAUAAAUUUGUAUAAUACAAUAUUAUAUAUGUAUACUUAAUGAAUAUGUUUCAUUUCUAUUCAUUUUUUCGCUUCUAUAUCAUGUUUUACUAAUUUUUCAGGUAUUUUACCAAUAGUGUUGUCUAGUAAUGUAUUUACUCCAUACAGUUUAGUUCGUAUUGCCCGUAGUGCACCGACACAAGAUUCAAAAACUUUACCCCCCCCCUUAGAUGCUAUUAAUAAUACAUUAGUGAACAACAAAUCCCAAUUUGUACCUUUAACAGAAAAUUCAACUGAAAUCAACGAAAAUAUUGUUUUAAAAGAACAUUAUGAACUUCAGAAUGAUACAGGUUUAUAUAAAUUUCAUUUUUAAUGAUUUAAUUAUAAAUAAUAUGGUUUUGUGAAAUUUUUUGUAGAUGGAAUUGACAAAUCAAAUGAAACAUACACAAAUAUUACAUCAUUACCUGAACUUUCAAACUAUAUGAAUUCUCAUUUUGUUUUAAUAUCAGGAGCUUCUAUUGCUGGCUGUGUAAUCAUUUUGUCAUUUGGUUGGUAUUUUAUACAUAUUUAUAAAAUAAAUGAAAACAAUUUCAAUUGGUUUUUAUCAAAUAAUCACGAAAAUAGUAAAUUUUAUGAGUUGCAGUACCAGUCUCUUAUUUUAUACCAAGUUUUUAAAUGUUUUAUAAAUUAUAUGUAUUAUAUUUGGUAUCAGUUAGUACCAAAUCAUUCCAGUUAUCUUUUUUUAAUAUUAAUUAUUAGUUUAACAAUAGUUUUUAUACGUUUAGAGCAGAGGUUUCCAACCUAUGGUAUGCAAGACAUUGAGUGGUGGUACACAAAAAAUAUUUCCUUUUUCCUUUGGGAUGUGACAUAAAUACCGAAAAUCGUGUAUAAUAAACUUUAAACUUAAAGAUGAAAUUUAUUGGUAUUUCCCAGAAUUUAAUGGUAUUAAAACGAUAGGGAUCCAAAGUAUGAUUCGAAACCAUUUUAUUGUUAUUGUUGAUAAUAAUCGAUCUAAUAAUAACCAGGAAGAUUUGAUUGAGUUACAAAACAAUCGAAACUGUAAACUCGAAUCUUACAUGCAUAUCGUAGAGUUUGGUAUAAAUAUAUAUCCUAAGUAUUGGGAAAUCGUAUUAAGAUAUUUAGUGAUGUUUUCGACAAAUUAUUUGUGUGAACAAGGAUUUUCCGGACUGCUUUAUAUAAAAAUAAUCAAAUAAACCGGUUGUUUGCCACUAAAGACAUGUAUGUAGCUUUGAGCAGUAUUCCCUUAAGAAUAUCUUUGUUAUUAAAGGAAAUGCAAGCCUGUAAAUCGCAUUAAAUUGUUUGUUUUAAUUAUAGUAAUUUGCAUUUAAUUGUUGAUAAUUAUAAAUUUUACUUAAAACUGAGUAAUUAUAAACAUUAUUAUAAGGAAGAACCCAUAAGGAAUUUCAUUGAUUUUAUUUAUUCAUAAUCUAAAUUCUAAAAUAUGUGAAAAUAAUUGAUUCUUCUAUAUAAAAAAAAUAAUGUCUAAAAUUGAGGUGGUCCAAGACACAUCGAAAGUUCUCUAGCUGGUCCGUAGUGUUAAAAAGGUUGGUAACCAUUGGUUUAGAGUUUUAAAAUUCUUAUUGAAAAUCAAAUUGUGUAUUAAUAAAAUAAUAUUUGUGAAAACACGAAGUUAAUAGAAUGGAAAAUGAGAUAAAUUAUUCAAAUUCUUGUUUAUAAAUUUAAAAAAAAAAAAAGUUUAUUUAAAAAUAUAUGAUAGGAUUUAUAUAUUUUAUAAUAUAUUGAUAAAAUCGUAUUAAAUAUAUAUUACGGGCAAAUCUGUAACGCGCAUUUCAAUUUUUCACAGUAGGUACGUCCGUGUUAAUAAUAUUAUAAUACUUGCUUUUCUCAGUAAUAAAUAGGCAAAAUAAACAAAAUAAACCAAAACGUAGCUUUUAUUGUAAGAUUUAUAUAGUAUAUUUAUUUAAUUAUAUAUUUUUAAAAUAAAUUUGUGAACGUUACAGAUUUUCCUAAAUGAGGUUUGUCACAGCUAGGUUUAUCUGGGCAAAAGCCAAAAUAUGAAAUUUUGUCCAUACAUUACUGAGAUUUGCCUAAUUUUGGCUAUUGCCCGUAAUAUAUAUACAUUUUUAUUGAGCACCAUUUAAAUAACAUUUUAUAAAUAUUAUAAAAUAUGAGUAAAGUGUUUAUUUAAAUUUUUUUAUUUUGAAGUUAUUUUAGGAUAUAUAAUGUACAAAAGAAGUAGAUGGAAUACUCCUCAAGCGCUUGAUCAUUGCAGCAAUGCAGAUUCUAUUGGAUAUUUAGAUGACAUGUUUAAAGUAAGUUCAUAAUUCUGUUAUUUUUUUUAAAGAGCAAGUGGAUGCAUUUUAAUGUAAAAAAAAAAAAAUGAAAAUAUGUAUUUAUACAUUGAAUAUGACUGAAAACAAUAUAAUUGUAUUAAAGUUGUUGUGGGCUUAUCAAGUUCCAGAUGAACUUAUGACCAAAGUCAGAAAUGGCAAACUUAAUUUAUAAAUAAGUCUUUAUUAUUGUGAAAAAUAUUUAAACACUUUAAUUAAUUUUUAUAAAACAAUUUGGUGUGAAGAUACUCAUAGUUGAUAGCACCACUCACCUGAAAAGGUGUUGUUGGUGCCGGUAUUUAUACCCUGAGCCCAUAAUUAGAUCUGCUUAUUAUGUGCUUUCCAACAAUAACAUUUUAUUGUAUAGCUGGGUAAUAACAUUGCUACAAUAGAGCUUGCACAUUUAGGUCCUUGAACCCUUAUAUUUAAUUUUAGAAAUGUGUGCAUAGAUGUUAUAAUUAUUAUCAAUAAAUUAUUUUGGUUUAUAUGUAUUAGAACUAUAGUAAUAGUUCAUAUCUUAUUUAUUGUGGCAUAGUUUCUUUGUGAUUAUUUAAGGCCAAUUUUAUAAUUUAUACCUGAGACUAAACUCAGCUGAGGCAGAUUUUGAUAACCUGUUCCUCGGUCAAUGAAUAUAUAUUUGGCACACUGUUGUCAUCGUUUAGUCGACUUGCCUUGAUGUACAGCGCGUCUAGGAUCACACUACUCAUAACAUACCUAUACUUUCUAAUAAUAUUGCAUAUUAUCAAAUGUUAGAGACGGUGCUUGUAACAAAAUUAUCAUCUAUAUUCUCUUGAAAGUGUAUUUUUAUAGAUAUUGAUUUGUUAAUGAACUUUAAGUUAAAUAUAUUGUAUAAUAAUAUUUGUGAUUCUUUUUUUUUCCAAAAAAAUUACCAAAAAAUAAUUAAAUUAAUUAUUAGAAUAAAAUUGUAUUGAUACACAAGCUAUUAGUUAAUUACAGUCUUCAUUACAUUUUUAUCUUUUUUUUCAAGGCCAUAAUUAUGAAAACAAUAAUGAUUAUUAAUAAAUAAUAAUUAUACAUAAUUAAAUUUUUAGUCAACAAGAAUAAUACAAAACUUACUUAAUAUUCCAGGAAAAUUCUGAUGAAAUGUACAGUUUGGAUAAUGAUUCAUUUUUAAACAGUUUAGAAGCCAUGACAAUCCAAAACUACUGGACAGAAAAUGUUAAACAUACUAAAUUAUAAAUGUGGGAACUAUUUUAAAUCUUUAACAAGAUAUUUACACAUUAAAUUGUUGCCUAUCACACAUUUAGCAUACAACAAUUAAACUGAUAAUAUUCCAAACUUAAUUAUUGUUUUAUUUAUGUUAACAUUUUAAUAUAUAUAUAUAUAGGUAAUAAUAUAUAUUUAAAUAUUAGUUUAUUAUUAAAUAUAAGUACACUAUUUUAUGUAUUUAGUACCUUUUUUUUUUGGUAUUUUAUUAUAUAUAAAUUAGUUAACAUUUAGAAUUAAUCUUAAAAUAAGUGAAAAAUAAUAUUUUUUAAUUUAAUAAUUAAUAAUAGCUUAAUAUUUUAAAUACCGUAACAGUUAAAAAUAUAUCAAACAUAAUUUUACUGUGGGUUAUACAUGAUGAACAAUAAAUAAUAAAAAUAUGUAGUUUUUUCAAUUAAUUUUAUUUAACCUACUUUUGUAACUUCAGAGUAAUUUAAUAUCACAUUCAAAUAUUAUAUUAUAGCAUUUAAUUUCCAUAAAGUUUAAAUACAUUAUUUAAGUUUUAAUUUGUUAUAAAAAAUGUCCAAACCUGUGUAUCCUACUACUUAGACAAACUUAUUAUUUUUAUAUUUUUUUAAAAAUGACAUUGAACUUUAUUUUUCAAAAAUUUGUAUUUUUAUUAUUUAAUUUGUUCCUUAUAAAAAUUACAAAUUCAAAUGUAAAAAAUGUAUAACUUAUUUAAAUUGUAGUUAUGAGGAAUGUAUAUAAAAACACAUUACAGUUUGUUUUAAACAUUUUUACAUUUCAGUAUUUGUUAUAGGUUGUUUAUAGAUAUAAGUUCCUAAUAUUUUUGUUGUGAUUUCUUAAUUGUCUGUAUUAAUAUAUAUAUAAAAAUGUAUUAUAAUUAUAAUUUUACUUCACAAAUUUAUUGUAUGUGACAUUUUUGCAAAAUUAUGAUUAUAAAUUGCUGUAGCAAUAAUGAUUUAAAUACUAUGUUACCGAAGUAUUAAAUUCUUAUAAUAAAUUAUUAUUAGUGUUUUAUUAUACAUUUAAAGAAUCCUAUAUCAAACUUUUACUUAUUAAUUGUUGACAAGUUCUAAAGUUUUACUCUUUUUACUAAGUAUGUAAUAAAAAGCAUCUUCUGGUGAAUAUGAUUCAAUUUCAUAUUGAAGAGAAAAAUAAAAAUUAAUAACAUUAAUUUCACUCUUAAGUACUGUUAAAGCUAUCCGUUUCAUGUUGUAGUGAAAUGCUAUAUUUUCCAUUAAACUCAUGAGAUAUCGUCCAAGACCUUUACCACGCACCUUUUUUUCAAGUUGAAUUUCAUAUAAAUACAAAACUUCUAUCAAGUCUUCAAUAUCAAAUCGAAAAUGUACAAAAGCUACUAGUGAUUUAUUGGUUGAAUUACAAACUAGAAUAUACC